AUGUUUAGGAGCCACGUCAGAUGUCUUAAGGACCUAUCGUUAAAGAAGAUUUCGAACAGAUCCUUGCACAGUGUCCCUAUUUUGAAGAAUCAAGACAAGUUUUCAGCGAAUGGAAUUGAGGGCUUGUAUACCGCCAAAGGUUUUCAAUCAGCGUGGUUAGACUACCAAAAGUAUUUGACUCUAAAUUUGAGUUUACAAACUAAUGGAACAGAAAAUGAAGUAAGAACACCAUACCAAAUAUUAUUGAAGACAGCUAAGCAAACUACAGAACAAAAUGUUUAUCAUUUUGCAUCCCAAGCUCAUAACAACCACUUUGUGUUUGAACAGUUGACAAACAAAUCCGAUGCUUUAAAAACAAAGCCUUCUAGAUUCCUUCUUGAGAGAUUAGCAGAUCAGAAUUUUAAAGAUAUCGAAUCGUUUAGAAAUGAGUUUUUAUUGUUGGCAGAUUCCGGUUUUGGGCAAGGUUGGGUCUUUUUGGUUGAACGCGCAGACAAGUCAUUAUCUAUUAUCAGGUGUAAUAAUGACGGUACUCCAUAUUAUUAUGGUAAAAACCAGUCGUUAGAUUUUAAUGGAGGAGCUGACGAAGGAAGUUUUGAAUAUUUGAAUAGCAUUAAAGACCUCGCAGCUAACCAUCACAAAGAUUUUACGUUACCUAUUUUGGGCAUCAGCUACUGGAAUUACGCAUAUAUUGAAGAUUAUGGUAUUACAGGUAAGGCAGAUUACUUGUCAAACUUCUGGGAUUGCAUAAACUGGGAUGUAGUGAAUAAAAGACUAUUCCAAGUGUAA